AUAUGGGGAACAUAGGACCCUGGGAACAUAGGACCCUAUAAAUAUGGGGAACAUAGGACCCUAUCAAUCUGGGGAACAUAAGACCCUGGGAACAUAGGAAUGACCCCGAGCUGAUGUGUGUUCAGAAUGGUGAGUUUAUAUGUUCUGCCUAAUUGGUAGGAGGUGGAGUUCACAGAUCAGCUGAGCGUCAGCUGAUGAGCCGGCUGGCACCCCGUGGUCUGCCUGAACUACACUUAAGCUCCAUUUCAGUCACCAAAGGUCCAUGUAAUCUACACAGAACAUGACUGCCAUAUUGCCAAUGCAUAUUUUAUUAUUUGCAAAAGCUUGUAAACCUCUUAGGACAUUGGUUGAAGAAUGGUGUGGAUUUACAGUAAACACGGUCAAUGAAUGGAUUUAUUGAUAAUGAAAAUGAAUAACUAAGAUGAGUUGUUGAAUAGACUUCAUACAAUGGGCAGGAAACAGUAGCUGCACUCACAGCUCCAAAAAGCACAUAAAGGAUGCUAAAAAAGUCAUCAAUAAGACUCUAGUGGUUUAGUCACUGGAGGGUGUAGUUCCUGCAACUACCAGCCAAUUCCUGCCCCUCUUGUUUACACUGCGAAAUAAAUAUUCAUGAGCCUUCAUUAGAGUAGAAUUUGACAGUGCUUUAGGUACCAUCAGAAGGUAAAGGGGUAUUGAAAAGGCUGUGGUCCACUAUAGGCUUCACCGUCCCAACACUUCUUCAUCUCUGCAGUCUUUUAACAGUGACACAAAAACAUGAGUGAUGCUACCAGUGGAGCGGCGGUAUCUGGAGUUUUUUUCUUGAUUGUGCUGGUGAUAAUCUGCCGCUUCUGUCCUCGCUGCUGUCUCUAUAGACUGUGCAGAAAAUCCAGACCUGUGGCAGCAGUGACAGGAACACACAUAACUACGGUCAUAAAUAAUACACAAUGCAUUCAGCCGCUGCCUGCCGUACCUGUUCAGUACGUACCGUACCAGCCUGUGCCAACUCAGCCUGGGUAUGGAGCUCAGCCAAUAUGUGGAGGGCAACCCAUGCCAGCUGGACCAUAUCAGGGACAGCCAUAUGUACCAGGACCGCCACCCCCAUUUCAGGAGCCUGCAAACCCUGAAUAUUUCAAAAGUCAGGCUGCACUUGAGGGGGGCAAGGCUGCGUACCCCGUACAGCCACUCACUCAGCCGGGUGCCACUCAGUCACCUCCACCAAAAGACACCUCGAAUCAGCCAGCAUAAAACCCUGCAAACAUCCAGCCGCCACAGACCAGUUACUAAACCACAAGCAUCUAUCACAUUUCUUCAUUCACUUCCAUGCAGCAGUAUGGAUAUGUAUUAGAAUAUGCUUUAUUUGAUGCAGCUCCAAAAAGGAGCAGAAAGUCAGCAUAAAGGUAAUCGAUUUUACUCCAGUGGUUAAAUCCACGCAUUAUGAAGUGAUCAGAUCGGUUUUGGGAGACAACAGACCAAAAUGUAACUGCCGUUUGUGAUUUCAAGCUUGAUUACACUUCCUAGCGCUGUGCACAUGUCAAGCAAUUAGAAGUGUAAUUGAGUUUGAAAUCAUGACUGUUUCUAGAAACUGCAAUGGCAAGAUUUUUUAUGAAAAAAAGAGGAACAUUUUGAUUGGUUCUCACUCAAAACCAAUUGGAUCAUUUCAGAAGACAAUGAUUAAACCACUGGAGUCAUAUGGAUUAAUUUUCUGCUGCCUUUAUUUGCUUUCUGGAGCUUCAAGUAUUUCAGUUUUGAAUAUAAUAACAUGAAUUUGUACUUGUCUAAUGCAGUCGAACUCUGUUCAUUUUGUUUUUAUCAUCAGUUUGUCUCCUGUUCUUCCACUGAUUCUGCUUGUUAACGGUUAGAAGUAUUGUGUCAAAAUGUUGGCUGACAAAAAUCAGACACUUCCUAAUAGAGAGAGAGAUAUAGCAAGAAAUAAACUGGAUCUAAUGUGUAAAAUAUUGGAGGUGGGUGGUUAGUUUGGAGAGGUACUACUGGGAUGGUGUGUCCAUUAAAACACAAUAAAUCUAAUUCAAAAUCUCAUUGUUCAUUUAUUUUGUUCCAGCAGCAUAACUAGACAUCCCAUCUAGUUGUUGUUAUCAGGAACUGAAGUUAUGAGUCCUUUAAAGUUUUUGGAAGGUUUUGGAGUUA